AUGAGGAUUCGUUAUGGAAUUGAUUUGGAUUCAUUUUCACCAUUUGACCCUGGAGAGACAGAGGGGGCUAAAAAGGAGACAGAGACGAUCCCUGGGAUCGCCUCUGGGAUCGAUCCCAGGAUCGAUCCCAGGAUCGCCUCCCCACUUGAACUCCUCGAUCAAGAAAAAGACUCAGUCGAUCUCCCUGAAUUGGCUUCAACGCACAGCAAACAUUCUCGAAGUCUCAUUAUUACGCGUCCCUUCAGGCAGCAGCAGCAGCAGCAGCAGCAGCAGCAGCAGCAGCAGCAAACAAGAAGGCCUCAAAGACAAAUCUCCGCUUUGGACAAACUCUUCCCCUCCUUUUCUGAAGUUGACGACAGCAGUAAAACCACAGGAGCAACUGCAGCAUUUAAGAAGCACCAGCACAAGCAGCAGCAGCAGCAGCAGCAGCAGCAGCAAGGCAGCAGGCCGUGGAGUCGCCGCAGCAGAUCGCAUUUACCAGCCCAAGGCGAACCUUCCGCUGAUUCUGUUGCUGCUGCUGCUUGGGGGGUCUCGAAGAGGGCGUCUGCGCUGCAGUAUCAGCAACCGCAGCACGUGCUGCAGCAGCAGCAACAGCAACAGCAACAGCAGGAGCACCUGCUGCAGCAGCAGCAGCGCAGAGAAACGCAAGAAGCUACUGCCGCUGCUGCUGCCGCUGCUGCUGCCGCUGCUGCUGCCGCUGCUGCUGCAGGCAGCAACAAUGAGGGUAAUGCACCAGAGCAAACCAAAGGCAGCAAAGAAGAACAGCAAAUGCAAGAAAAAACGAAAAACGCAGUGCAGCAGCAGCAGCAGCAGGACCAGCAGCAGCAGCAGGGCCAGCAGCAGCAGCAGGGCCAGCAGCAGCACCAGGAUCAGCAGCAUGGGGAAAUCCAGCAGCAAACGCUGCAGCAGCAAAGACAGCAGCAGGAGCGGCAAAAACAGGAACCAGAGCAACAGCAGCAGCAGCAGCAAAAGCAAGAAGGCGGGAAACAGCAGCAGCAGCAAGAACAGGAAAAGCAGCAGAAACAAAUGCAGCAGCAGCAAAAGCAGGUGCAGCAGCAGCUGCAGCAUGACAAUGAACAGCAGCGACAGCAACAAGAUAAACCUCCUCUGCAGCAACAGAGUGAGGACAUGACAGUGGAGCAGCAGAAACAGCAACAGCAGCAGCACCAACAGCAAGAACACCAAGAACCGCAGCAGCAAGACCACCAGCAGCAGCAAGACCAGCAGCAGCAGCAAGACCAGCAGCAGCAGCAAGACCAGCAGCAGCAGCUCGAAUUGGAGAGGCGAACCAACAACCAGACAGCAGAAAACACCCCCGCUCCUGCUGCUGACAACCUUACAAGCGAUGCAUCAGCAGCAGCAGCAGCAUCUGCUGCUGCUGCUGCUGCCACAGACACACAAGCAGCAGAAGCAGUAGCUACUGCUGCAGCUUCAGCUGCAGCAGGCGCAGGCACAGACGCAGCAGCAGCAACAGCAGCCACAGCCACAGAAGCAGCAGCAGCAGCACCUACAGCCACAGAAGCAACAGCAGCAACAGCAGCAGCCACAGAAGCAGCAGCAGCCACAGAAGCAGCAGCAGCAACAGAAGCAGCAGCAGCAACAGAGCCAGCGAAUGCCACAGAAGCAGCACCAAAAGCAGCAGCCACAGAAGCGGCAGCAGCAGCGGCAGCCACAGAAGAAGCAGCAGCAGCACCGACAGGCACAGAAGCAGCAAGAGCGCUCACAGAAGCAGCAGCAGCAGCAGCGGCAGCCACACAAGCAGCACCAGCAACAGCAGCGACCACAGAAGCAGCACCAGUAGCCACAGAAGCAGCACCAGCAACAGCAGCAGCCACAGAAGCAGCAGCAGCAGCAACAGAAGUAGCACCAGCAACAGCAGCAGCCACAGAAGCAGCGGCAGCGGAAGAAGCACCAGCAGAAGCAGCAGCAGCAGAAGAAGCAGCAGCAGCAGAAGAAGCAGCAGCAGAAGCAGCAGAAGAAGCAGCAGAUUUAUCGGCGGAAGAUUCGAUGGUCCGCGCCACUGCAGAAGCAGCUGCUGACCUCAUGUCUUUCCUAGAGCAUGCACCCAUUGCAGCAGCAGAAGCAGAAGCAGCAGCAGCAGCAGAAGCAGCAGCAGCAGAAGCAGCAGCAGAAGCAGCAGCAGCAGCAAAGGCAGCGGCAGCAACAGAAGCAACAGCAGAGGCAGGACGCGAGCCUGACAAGAGAGAGACAGAAGCAAAGACAAGUGAGAAGGAGGAAGCGAGAAGCAUUACCGUGCUGCAGCAGCAGCAGCAGCAAAAGCAACAGCAGCAGCAGCAGGAGAAUGAACAGCUGCAGCAGCAGCCUGGAGAACAGCAGCAGCAGCAUGAACAGCAGCAGCCGCAGAAGCAACAACAGCACCAACAACAGCAGGAACCUCAACAGCAAGAGCACCAGCAGGGGCAGCAGCAGCAGCAGCAACCACAGUUUGAGGAGCAGCACCAAGCAGCAGAUGGGCAGCUGCAGCAGGAGCAGCAGCAGCAGCACCAGCAGGUGCAUCAGCAGCCGCAGCAGGAGAAGCAGCUGCAGCAGCAGCACCAGCAGGAGCACCAGCAGCAGCAGCACGAGCACCAGCAGCAGCUGCAGCAGCAGCACGAGCACCAGCAGCUGCAGCAGCAUGAGCAUCAGCAGCAGCUGCUGCAGCACGAGCGUCAGCAGCAGCUGCAACAGCACGAGCAUCAGCAGCAGCUGCAGCAGCAGCAGCAGCACGAGCACCAGCAGCUGCAGCAGCAUGAGCACCAGCAGCAGCUGCUGCAGCACGAGCAUCAGCAGCAGCUGCUGCAACACGAGCAUCAGCAGCAGCUGCAGCAGCAGCAGGAGCACCAGCAGCAGCAGCACGAGCACCAGCAGCAGCUGCAGCAGCACCAGGAGCACCAGCAGCAGCUGCAGCAGCAGGAGCACCAGCAGCAGCAGGAGAAGCAGCUGCAGCAGGAGCAGCAGCAGAAGGAGCAACCGCCUCGGCGGGAGGAAUCGCAGCAAGCAGCAAAUGCGCAACAGCAACAGCAGCAGCAGACCAUAGAUAAUGCAGCUGCUACUAACUAA